UCUCUCCGGCCAACGGGCCGGGUAAAAAGCUAGUAUUAUCUAGCUAGUUGAGGCCAUUGAUCACUCUCAUAUGAUUUUCGUUGAAUUUAUUCUGUUGGCUCGAUACUUUACUAUUGAAAUUUAUAUGAUCUUCAUGGUGAGCUUUAUCAAAAACUUAAUCAACUAAUCCAUGUACAUUCUUCCCGUUCUGCUCCCAUUCACAAGGAGAUUAAUUAAGCUUGAUGAUGUUAGAAUAUGACUUGAAUUUGAUUUGGAUUUGUUUUGUGUUUUAGGCCUAUUCUGUUUGGGUUUGGGAUUGGGCUUUGUUUGACCUUUUCCUUGUAUGUUUGGGAAAAGGUGUUUGAUUUUCUGUUUGGGAUUAGGAGAAGAGUUCUAUAAAUACUCUUCAUCUCCCUAAUUUGUAGUAGGGGUCAGUCAGGUUAGUUUGUUUGGUUUGUCCGUUUGGAAUUUGGUUUGUAACCUGUACUCUCCUCAAAUCAGUGAAAUUUGUCCCCACUGCCCGUGGAUUAGCUAGCACACAUUGUGUUAGUGAACCACGUUAAAUUUGUGUUCGUUCGUUUUGAUCUGGAUUGUCGAUUGCACGCUUCUGUUCUGACAGAUGAUGACAUCAACACUUACGAAAAGCGAGCAUAAUUAGUCAACACACAGACUGUAAUCCAUUGAAUCUUACGCCUAAUAGUUAAAGAGGUAUAAAGAUACUUUUUUGGCUGGCAAAUACAGAUUUGGCAAAAGACCUGUGCGGAAAUCGUGUCCAAAUCUUCUUAAUUACAAAAAAAAAACAGCAGUGAUUAAUUAGUCUGUUUACUUAAUCAUAACAAAUCUCCAACGUUGACUCCCUCGUGUCUGUAUUAAUUAAACGAGGGAACAAAAGGAUCUCUGCCAUAUCAAGCUUUCAGGACUGCACGUUUUUUUUACAGAAAUAAUAAUGGACCCCAUGACGAUGACGUGGAGUUUGGUGGGACCCGCAGCUGGACGUGGCCUCCAUCUCUAUAUUGGUCCCCGCCGUCGUCGUGCAAUGCUGUUUAAUGGAAAGCACAACUCACCGAACUUUCCAUAAUAACUAUAUAAACUCAACACCAAACCAUGGAGCUUUCCACCAUUCUCCCUUCCAUCUCCAAAUCCGAAUCACCUGCGGAAAACUCACAAGAAGGAAGAAGGAAGACAGAAAGCAAACCAGAUGGCGGGAUCAGCGGGUAAUCAUCAUGUUAACUCGGGCCUGGUAAUACUGGGCCUCGUGGUGGUCCUAUUGGGCCUGGCAGCAGACCGAGCCCAGGCCCAGCUCCAGUUCGGGUUCUACAAGGGCAAAUGCAACGCCACCGACGUGGAGUCCACGGUCCGGAGCGUGGUGUGGGGGAAGUACCAGAAAGACACGACCAUCGUGGCCGCCUUGCUCCGCAUGCAGUUCCACGACUGCUUCGUCCAGGGCUGCGACGCCUCCAUCCUGCUGGACGGCCCGGGCAGUGAGAAGAACGCGCCGCCGAACCUGAGCGUGAGAGGGUACGAUGUGAUCGACGCCGUGAAGACGGCGCUGGAGGCUGCGUGCAAGCAGGUCGUGUCCUGUGCCGACAUCAUCGCCAUGGCCACCAGAGAUGCCGUCUCCUUCGCGAAUGGUGGGUUCUACAACGUGCAAACGGGGAGAAGGGAUUCGGCUUCGCCAGCUAAGAAUGUUGCACUUCCGGCUCCUAAUAUUCCUAUCAAUCAAGCCCUCUCGUUGUUUGCCCGCAAGAACCUCUCUCCAGUCGACAUGGUUUAUCUCCUUGGCGGACACACGGUUGGGGUGACACACUGCGCGUUCUACCAAAGCCGGCUCUACAACUACCAGAACACAGGGAGGCCCGACCCGGCCAUGAACACAACCCUAGUGAACACGCUCAAGAAGACCUGCCCCGACCCGAGAACCAACGGCCCGACCACCGCCCCCGCCAACCUGGACCAGAACCCGGCCAGCGCGCUCGUCGUCGACAACUCGUACCACAAGCAGCUGCUCCGCGGCAACGGCGUCCUUCAGGUCGACCAGGACCUGGCCAGCCGAAACUUCGUGACCGGGUUGAUCGUCUCCAACAUCGCCGCCCGCACCGAUUUCAACGCGAGGUUCGGGCAGGCCAUGGUCAACAUGGGGGCCGUCGAGGUGCUGACCGGGAAGCAGGGGCAGAUCCGGAAGUCAUGCCGGGCUGCUAACUGAUAUUGGAUCCGGCCGGGCCAGCGCCCGGGUUGGAAAUUUUAUAUUAAUUUUCCCCCCCUACAAUUAAUAUUUUAUAUUAUGUCUACGUCCUUUGUCACAAAACGUGGCACGUUCGUUGAUAUAAAUUAUUUGUUUUCCUAUUUUUCGGUGUGAUGAUUUUCUUUCCCACGAAAUGUUGUAAUUUCCCCUUUGGGCCUUGGGGUUUCUUCGUUUUUUUUUGGGGGUACAUUUUGAUUUCUGAGUUGUCAAAUUCAUGUUCUUAAUCAAUUCAUCGGAGGCAAUGAGAUAUAUAUAUAUAUAUAUACAAGGAUUUAAAGAGUAAUAUUUUCCUUUAAAGUUUUGCCUAGUAAUUAGGUAUGGCAAUUACCCACCCAUGAGUAAUUAUAUUCAAAUCCAAGUAGAUCCAUUUAUAAUGGGUUGGGUAUGGGUGAAAUGCAUAUGGGUUUGGGUAAGAUAUGGAUAUUACUUUCAUAAUCUAAAUGGGUAUCGGUUGGAUAUGGAUAUCCAUUUACUUGAGGGUGUUUUAACUACACAUACAAAAAUUGGACAUAUUUGCAAAACUUAAAAAGUUUAGGUACCAAAAUGUAAGACCAAAAAAAUUUAGGUACAAAAACGUAAUUUUCCAUCGCUAUUUUGAGGACUUAUAUGCAACAAAAUUAAAUUUAGAUGAGUAUGGGUACAAACCCAUCAAACUCUACCCAUAUCCAUUUAUUUGGAUUCAUACCCAACCCAAUUGGAUUGGAUAGUAAAAAACUCAUGGGUAUGAGCAAAAUUGUCAUCCCUACAGUAGUAGUAAUGGUGAAUGAAGUACUUAUCAUAAUGUGUAUUAUUCGAGUAGCUCUUAAUAUUAGCCGUUAAUAGUUUAUAUUCUCGACAAUAAAAACCCAUACUAGAUUUUGUUCAUUAAUCAUGAUAAUUCGUCAUUACUUCUUUCGUCCUCUCUUUUCAGUCACUGAUGAAUGAAAAUUCUGAUGAUCAAGUAUGUAAUGUGCACUAUAACUUCUCUCUGUAGAAUCAUGCCGCAGGCAAGCAAACAACCGAUUCAUCAUAGUAUAAUACUUGUAUCCUUUGAACUAACGAGAGAGAUGUUCAAAUACGAAUCUAAACCAGUACUAUAUGGAGGUUCUCCUCCACAAUCCCAACAAUCUCAAUUUUCCUGGCUCCUCCACAGAGGACGGAGGGACAUAUUGGUAAUCCAAUCAUAUGCGCAGCGGUAAAGUGAGUGCGAAAGGCUAGGGGAUACAAUAUUAAUGGGCCAUUUACAGACCAGUAAAGUGACUACGGAAUGGGCUUUAAUUAAUGUGAGCCCUUAAUUCUGCAUGAGAGCAGUUAAAGAAUGAUAUUUUUCUUCUAGGAACUCUUCUCAGCAUCCGAUUUUUCGUAGCCAGGUAGGCUUCAUUUAAAUUGUGUUACACGUAUCUAAAUCAUAUAUAUAUAGUACAAAACUUGCUUAGUAUUUAUUUCACAUGCCUUUAAAUUUUUAAUAGAUAUUGAUGUCUCACUAUCAAGCACUAUUAAUAAAAUAUAUUUAAAAACUUGCUUAUUAGAUUUUACAUUAAAAAGUGAAUGUAAGUACAAAUAUUUUUAUUAGUAUAAUUAUAUACAUCUUACAAUUUAAUGUGUGUACAUGUCAUGCGUUGUUCAGGAAAAAAGAGGUUAUUUUUAUACACUAGAAGAUGUGGUGGAUUCAAAUCCUUUGCGCGAUUCAAUUAUUCAACAAUUGCAGGAGAUGUUAGAUUUAAAUAAUAUCGUAGAAAAGACAUUUUGAUCUGCAAGGGACAGACAGAAUGACACCACUGUUCAAAAAGUUGAAAUUAAGUUGCUUGCUAAAAGAUAUGGGGAUGGUAGAGAAUAUGAUUUGCCAUAUGAAAAUGAGGUCGCUGCUUUAAUUGCUGAUGAUAAUGGAGAGCAAUCAUUUUCUUCUUAUAUUGUUGCCCAUUAUCAAAGUAAUGAACCGGAACAAAUUAGUAUAUAUCAUCCAAGUUUAAUGGUUUUGCAAUAUCUCAAAUUAUUACCACAUGGCAAGGAUGGUUGGCAUCCAAAUAUUCCAUAUUAUGACAUUGAGGAGGCAGAUAGAUACAAUGAGAAGAAUGUGACCCAAUGUGAUUUUUACAGUUAUAGACUCCAACAAGACUGGAAGAAUCAAACGCAUUGCUAUUGUGUGUAAAGUUGUUCCAACAAUAUGUUGUCAAUGCAUAUGCAUUGGUUGAGGCAGAGAGUUUGGGUUAGAUUAAAAGAAAUCAAUCAAAUUCGCGACAACAUUACUACCAAGGUCUUUUGGAUUCUUACUUGAGAGAUGCUUCAUAUACCAGUUUAAGUGGAAAACAUGUGAUUUUAGCUUCAUCACAUACAUGCAGUCCUCGAUAUAAGUAUUAAAGCUUCCAGAAUGCUAUGACAAUUUGUAGAUAUCCAUAUCAUUUCAUUACAUUUACAUGUAAUCAUGUUUGGUCUAAGAAUCAAUACAUGCUUGAUUUGAUAAAGACUACUACUAGAAAAUAUCCUAAUAGAGUUGAUGUCCUCACAUGAUUUUUCAAACUCGAGCUACAUCAUUUGUUGAAGUAGAUUUUGGAGAAGAAAUUUUUUGGGAAAAAUAUGCAAGUAAGUUAUUGAAGUUUUGAGCCCGAACUGUUGGACUGGUGAUGAUUUGUGUUAUAAUAGUUUAUAUGUGUUUAAUGAUAAUAUUUUUAAAACAUAUGAAAUGGUUGUAUAUGAUAGUUGUACAAAAUUAAACGCUACAGAUAUAAUUUAGAAACUCUUUAGUGUAGUGUACGAAUGUGACCAGUGAUUUACGAUGGCGCAUGAGUCAGUCGAAUGGUGAUAUGUAUUUGAAUGAUAUUGGUAUAAUUUAGUAUUCUAUUGAAUAGGAACGUGAUACAUGAACACGUGGUGAUGGUCAUUUUUGGAUUUUUUUUAUUUCAGCAUAUAUCAAAAUGGAUAUCAUUAUAUAGAUCACAUAAAAUCUAAUAUUUAUGCGCAAAAAUAUCUAAAUUUGGAUAAAAAAAACAAAUACAGAUUGAUUAAGAAU